AUGAAUGAACGUUCACGUAAAUCUGAUCGUUAUCAUACAACAUUUUUUUCAUUAUUUCGUGCAGUUACGACAAUGCGUUCGAAAAGUCUUGAUAAUUUAUAUGAUGGUAAUCGUCGUAAAGAAGGUCACGAAUAUCCUUAUUCAAUAAAAAUGAAACAUUUAAAAUCAGCUCAUACAAUACUUACAAAUAAUCGAUCAUUUGAUGGUGAUGAUCAUUAUUCAUAUCAAAAUCAUCAUACAAGUUCAUCGACUAGUUUAAAUAAUGUAACAACAACAAAUUAUCAUGAUUUUGAAUUACGAAAACGUGAUGUAUUAACUGAAAAUCAAACAAGAAAACAUCGAUUUUUUCAUAAACGAAAAACUAAAAUACAAACACAAUUAACUGAUGAAUAUCAUUCAUCAUCAACACCAUAUCUUAGUUCACCUAAUCAAGUAAAAAAUGAUUUAAAUUUUUUUGGUCGAACACCCGAUGAACUUAUUCAAAGAUAUAAUCAUCAAUUACCACCUGUGAUUAUGCAAUUACUUGAAGUUCUUUAUUUAAAAGGACCAGAAACAACAGGCAUUUUUCGAAAAGUAGCCAAUACACGUUCUGUUAAGGAUUGUAUUGAUAAAAUUGAACGUAAUAUACCAUUACAAGAUGAUGAUUUACAUCCAAUAUUAGCUGCUGGAUUAUUGAAACAUUUUCUACGUACUCUACCUGAACCAUUAUUUAAUUCUAUUCAAUAUGAUAAUUGGAAAAAAUGUCUUCGACUUUCAACAUCAAUUGAAAAGAUAACAUUUGCAAAAAAAAAUAUAUUAUGUACUUUAUCCGAAGCCAAUCAUAUAUUAUUAAAAGGUUUUAUAUGUAUUCUUCAUCAUAUAUCGGAAAAUGCUGAUAUUAAUGGAAUGAAUCCAUUCAAUUUAGGUUUAUGUGUAUCGAAUAGUUUAUUUAAAACAGAAUCAACAACAAUAACAUCUGGUAAACAAGAAGCUGAUGUUAUGUCAUCAAUUGUGGAAUUUUUAAUAGAAAAUUGUUCAUUAUUAUUUGGUUCAGAUAUUCUUACAUGUAUUACAGAUAAACAUAUUGUUGUUCAUCAAAUACCAAACUUAAUUCGUCCAACAGCUUCAUCAAUUGAAAGUCUUGAUGAAGUUGAAUCAUCUCCACAUUUACCUAUUGUUAAUCGAUCACAUGAUUCUGGUUUAGCUGCAUCAGAUCAACCAUUUAAUGAUGAUAGUUCGGAAAUAAGUGAACAUAUUCGACGUAAUAUUAUACCUAUAACAAAUUCAUUACCUAAUUGGACAUCAUCAAUAGCAUGUGGUAAAGGUAUUGUAUUAACAAGUAUACUUAUAAAUAAUAUUAAUCCAUCAAUAACAAAACGUCGUAAUUCAAAAAUAAUUUAUAAACCAUCAAAACAAUUUUUAGAACGUGAAAAAUUAAUAAAUAAUACAACAGAUGAUUCGGAUAAUAAUUCAAGUAUACGUUCAUCAUCAACAACAAUACAUAAUAUAACAAUAGAAAAAUUAAAACGUUCAAAAUCUUUAUCACGUCAUUCAUCAUUAUGUAAUGAUGAACAUAAACAACAUCAACAACAAAAAUUAAUAACAAAAGAAUCUCGACGUUUAAUAACAAAUAAUAAUGUUAAACGUACAUCAUCAUUAAAACAAUUUCAUCAUUCAUCAGAUGAAGCUGGUGAUGAUGAUGAUGAACAAAAUAAUUUAUUAAUAAAUGAACGACGAAUAAAAUUAACUAAACAAUUUAAAAAAAAUAUCAAUGAAGAAAACAUGAUAACAAGAUCAACACCUUCCGAACAACAAGAUUUAGAUUUAACUAGUGAACCAUUAAGUACAAUAAAUCAACGUUUAACUCCUUCAUCUAUAUCAUCACUAACAUCUACACGUUCAGCAUCAUUAACAUUAAAAUCAACAUCAAAAAAAUCUGAUUUACCUCUAACAGAAACAUCGAAACCUAUUCAAUUAAAUACAUAUCAACAACCUAUUAUAGCUGAUAAUCGUUCUCGACAUACAACUGGUCCAUUAACACCAACAACAAAUAAUAUCUAUGUAAAACCUCAAUUAAAUUCUCGUUAUCAAUAUCUUAAUCAAACGAAUUUAAAUACACAAAAACAACCACCACCACCACCGCCGCCGCCAUCCACAACAACAGAACGUGGUCGAAUAUUUGUUCAUCAUGCUGAUUCACGUCCAUUUGUACUUGGUGCAGCUAUACAAAUGAAACCAAUUGAUGAUUUAUUAUUAUCAAAUGAAAAACGUCGUCCAUGCCAUAGACAAAAUGCACUUCGAUAUAAAUCCAAUGAACAUGAACGACAAUCACGUACAUCAGCACCAAUUAUAAUAAGUCAUAAUCCAUCACCAAUGAAUGUUUCACGUUAUCAAUCAAUUGAAAGACGUUUACCACCAUCACCACAACCAAUGAAACCAUUUUCAUUUGAUAUUAAUAAUGAAUUUCGUCCAUCUGAUAUAUCAUGGUCAGUACGUGAAAAAGCAAGAUUAUUUGAACAUACAAAUCAACAUAAAUUAUCGACAGGUCGUGAAAAUUAUGUAUAA